GUGGAUAGACAUUGUUCGUUAUCACGGUAGUUGGUUAAAUAUCAUUUAACCGAUCGUUCAAGUCUCUCAGAAUGGCACAUAAUAAAAGGCCCGUUAUCGUGAUGUUAUUCCUGAUAACCAUUAUAUGCAUCGUGACCUCGUUGCCGGCCUCAAUGAACAUGCCACUAGUAGACCCAGGGCUCUUUGUAAUAUCAGGCGUAAAAACUUGUGGGAACACUUUCGGUUAUUGUCUUCUUGGUAGUGAUUGCACAAUGGAUGAUGAUUUUCUGCCAGAUCCUACUGGUAACUGUGAUGGUUUAAAACGUGCAUUCACUCCAAGUGCUCCUUUUGCUUGUUGUAAGUUUAACCAAAGAUCGUCUCAAUCAGGAACAUCGAUAAAAAGUAUUAAUACUAAAAAGACAACUAAUAUUGUAACUAAAGAUAAAUUUGGAAGAAAUACAAGAGAAAAUAUAGAUUCUUUACAAAUAGACAGUGAUCAAUUGGCCAAACUAAAUGAAAUUGAGUUGGUGGUUAAAAAAAUUGUCGAACAAUUAAUAAAUGAAACAGCAAAUAAUAUUAAAGCCGAAGAAAAUAUAUUCAAUAAUAAAACAAAAAUGGAAGAAAAUACGAUUAAAAAUAGUAUAAAUGAUGAAAAACCAACAACGAAUGACAUUAUUGAAAUAAAAGAUUAUACCACUGUGGAUCCUUCAAUAAACCUAGAAGAAACAUUAGACGAAGAAUAUUUGAAAAAAGAUAUACCUCUAGAAAUAAAAAAAGACAAUGAAACAAAUACAUUGGACACAACGGAAUUAGAGGCAGAAGAGUCAAGCAUUGAUGAUGAAUUUAAAGCUGAAAAACGUAUUUGUCAAAAAUCCUGUAAAAGUGAAAUAAUUUUUUUAGUUGAUAAAAAACCAAUAUGUUAUGGAACGCUUUUAGAUGACAUAUGGAUACUUACUUCUGCCACAUGCGCUUCAAGGUUAAAUAAAUCAGAUAUAAGGAAAGUGGUAGUAAGUCGAAAAGAUUCAGUGGGACCUACACUGACCAUUUCAAACAUAUUAGUGCAUGAAAACUUUAAAUCGCCAGUUUCUAAAAAUGCACCAGAAAACAAUGAUUUAGCUCUAGUUAGUUUAACUGUUCCACUUGAAGGUCAAGAAUGUACUCCGUGUUUUAGCCAAACAAGUACCAUAACAAAUGAAGUAUGCAAGACUUUUCAAAACUCUAAUUUUAAGAAUGCAGUGAAAACAACCGAAAACUGUGAAGGCCGAGUACAGCUACGAAAUUUGAUUAAUAAUCCAUACAUAAUACUGCCGUGCCAUCACUGGAGGAUGCAAUACAAUCAAGAAGGGCGACUGGGAAGCAGCCUGUGGUGUGACGGUAAGCUGGCUGGCAUCCAAACUGGCGUUGGCGUAGGGUCGUUGAUUUAUACACCAGUAAAUGAGUACGGCUUGUGGAUAUCCGAUAACAAGAGAAUUGAAGAAAGAAGAUGAACAAAAUGUUGACCGGAUGAAGAUCUUGUGUAUUAAAAGACUGUGCAAUUAUUAAAAUAUUUAAUUUAUUUGAUAUCUAUUUUAUGUAUCUACUAUUUAUUGAUAAGUUUUUUGA